AUGAAAAGGGAAAAUGUCCGUAUCGAACUCAGUUCAUGCAUGUUUCAUACGAAGGACCAGCUUGUGGUGUUUGAGCUGUCAGGAAUCAUCGACGCAGACUACUUAACAAAAUGUGCGGACAAGUGCAAGAUAGUGGGAAUAGACACUGAGCAGCCUGUAAUGCAAGUGGGCAGAUAUGUGUUUGCUGGAAAAUAUGAAAAUGCUCUAGGAACAUGUGUCAUAUUUGAAGAAAAUGCAGAGCACAAUCUGGAGUCCAAAGUAAAGCCCCAGUUAAAAUAUAAAUGUCAUACAGUGAAGAAACUGAUGAUGAAGCGGACAUUCCUGUCUGAGAAGAAAGAAGGGGAGGAGAGCUCAGGUUAGUUAGAUUUUAAAUCUAGUUUUCAAUAUGUAAGUAUUUAAAGACUGCUCAUGUCAGACUUCUCUCAAUAUUGUCCUCAAUAAAUUUCAUACAAUUAUGUUUUACGCGGGGGGCAUAGAAGUACUCCAAUUAAGUGAUGGAGAUUUUUCAGGCUGCCCCAAUAUGAUCUGCAAUUUUCUUCCGAAGUCCAAAGAAGUGGUGGUAGAAACACACCUCAGCUCUCCCUCUGAAGGUGAGGUCUGACUCGGAGCCUGUCGACCUCAGUCAAGAAACAAACUGCUCUGCCACUGACCUGGCUACUUCGGCCUCCGAACAACCUGAAUCUGACACUGGCAAUACAGAUCAUGUUGUUGCAUGUGAUCCUCUAAAGUGACUGGCUUUCUGUUGUCACAUACAGUACUUGAACAGGCAGGCAAUGAGCAGUCCCUCACACAACUGACUAAUGUGUUUUGUAAAUGCCAUUUCUCACAUUCUUUCCCUAACAUGUAUGGUAAAAAAAUGCUUACUGUAAUAACAUGGUAACAAAAUAUAUUUUUAUAAAGGAAUUGAUUUGUUAAAUUGUUGUUGAAUGGGUGUAUUUCUUUUCAAGUACAGUUGUGUUGCAUAUUCUACAAUUAUAGCGUAAGAACAGUGAGGGGGGGGUUGGCUUCAACAGGCUGCAUUUGUUCAACAAACAAGCUCUGUGCAUCAUUCUAACAUCCUAGUUGCUACUUUUCUACCUAUUUAAAAUAUUAUAAAAUGUGUUUCAUAGUGGAGUUCAUCACUCAUUACAAUUGCAAUGUAAUUUACCCCAAAAAGUGUUUACCCCUCUAAUGUGUUUUGUGCCUUGGUUCCUGAACAGCCAUUAUAAUGUCCUGUUGUGUGUCUUCAAUAGUUUAUGCUGUCAGGGAGUACCAGAUGCACCAGCUGCAAUUGUUGCUGAAGUGGUUUAUUCCCAAAUGCUGUACUGAAAUCUUAGAAUUAAACUAAUGCUUUUCAAGAAAAUAAACAGUUUUGUCAGCGUUCUGCCCCGGUGGGAGUGGCAGGGUUGGGCGUGGGCAUGGGGGUGGCAGAGUUGGGGUUGUUGGGUUCACUGUUUUUGAGUUUCUGAGAGGCUUUCAAGAAAGGAAGGACUCCCUCUCCUACUUCACAAGGAGUUUCACAGCAGAUACAUAAAAGGCAUUUGUAGAAUGUGUAUCCCUGGCCCCAACUGAUGAACAUUAUUAAUUAUUUCUGUUAAGAUUUGUUUUUCUGUGUUUUCUCAAGCAGUAAGAUCUAAUGGUAAACUUUAAGUUUGUAAAUUAAUAUGUAUUUUCUUCCAGUGUACAGUAUUUUUAGUCCAUGCUCUUGUGCAGCCUGCAGGAUAAUGAAAAUGACAUUUUACUUUGGACUCAUUAACCUGUUGAGUUAAGAAUUGGAACACACAAUUAUUGUUACCUGGAUGGCAUUUAAAAUUCUGGAUAAAUGCUUACAACAAGUACAUUCACAUAGAAAAUAACAUAAAUUUACAACAAAGCAAUUUAACUAGCUAUUGAACUAACAUUUCAAGCUCAUGGCCAGCAUUACAGCCUUUUGCACUGGCAUGAUCACUUGCUCUGACCACUGUUGUUUAUUGCUGUCAUUUUCAACAAGGUAUACAUAGCAACAGCUGUGUAGAUAACAAUGUGGGUUUAAUUGUAAUACCUUUUGGAUGUGUAAAAAUAUAUACAGUUAAGUUUUUAUUCCAAAGUAGUUCAGCAAUUGACAGACAGAUACAGUUCCAUUGAUAAAAUGUCCUUGAUGAUGGUGAUUCACUGUAGCCUGUAAUUACAUUAUGUUCUGUGCUGGGGAUCUCAAUGCAGAACCAAUAAAAAAAGUGCAGCACAAACUUUUGCCAUCUAGUGACAUAUAUGAUAACAGUUAGGAUACACUGUUAAGCACAAAUGUCUACUGGUAACACACUGCUGGUAACUUUUAUUUAGUGUAGAUGAUUGUGUAACUGGAAAUGUAAUUUUGCAUUUAUUUUUUAUUUUUUAAUAAAGACAUG